UGGUGCUCAUUUAAUCAUAAGUAUCACUGAUCAUCAACAUAUUUAGGAUUCAACAAAUCAACAUGAGCAUUCAUACAUCUUCAUCUGAUUCUGAUGAUGAGAGGAUGAGAGGUUUACCAUGUAGAUUGUUUGGUCGUCAAAGGCCUAUCCGCUCUGUUCUUGGAGGAGGAAAAGUUGCUGAUUUAUUGUUAUGGAAGGACAAGAAGGUAUCAGCUACAUUAUUAAUAGGAGUGACAACCAUAUGGUUUCUUUUUGAGGUUGCUGAAUACAAUUUAGUCACCCUCCUCUGUCAUCUUUCCAUCACCUUAAUGCUCAUUGCCUUCAUCUGGUGCAACGCUGCUGAAUUCUUCCAAUGGAAGAAACCAAAGAUACCAGAACUGUUACUUCACGAAUCUACCUUCAGAGAAGCUGCUUCAACCUUCCAUAUCAGAUUCAAUAUGGUCCUGUCAAAGUUCUUUGACAUUGCAAAUGGAAAAGAUCCAGCACUCUUCUUUCUGAUGAUUCUGUUUCUCUAUAUAUUAUCGGUGAUUGGAACAUAUUUUAGCUUUGUAAAUCUACUUGCCUUGAGUUUCGUCGGGAUGCUAUUAAUUCCGUAUCUAUAUGAUCGAUAUGAGGAUGAGGUUGAUAUUCUUGCUGCAAAAAUGAUGAGGAAACUGAAGAAAUUUUACAGGAGGCUUGACUCAAAUGUUCUUGACAAGAUACCAAGAGGAACAGCAAAGGAAAAGAAACACGAGUAAUUAAUUUAAUUACACAGGGGGGGGUAAAUAAUUUCUACAGUUAAAUUAAUUAAAUCGCAUCAUCCCUGUUAAUGAAUUUAAUUUUUAACAUUGAAUCGAAUAUUAUUGACUCAUAAUAUAUCUAUAAAGUAGUAAAU